CACGACCCAAAUGAACCCGAAAAUAGAACCCGCUCGAUUCGUCACUCUAACAAAACCUGUAAACAACGCCUCUCUCUCUCUCUCUCUCCAACGAUUCCAUGGCUCUACUCGCUCGAAACGCGUACCGCCUGGGCCUAAUGGCGCCCCAAAGGGCCGCGACGAUCCACACCACACUCCCAUCGCUCUCUCAGCCAUCUCCACCGACGCCUUACUCCCGUCCGCCGCCUCCGUCAGCGACGUCGCCGCCGGGUCUCUCCAAGGCGGCGGAGUUCGUCAUCUCCAAGGUGGAUGAUCUGAUGAAUUGGGCACGCCGUGGGUCUAUCUGGCCUAUGACCUUCGGGCUGGCCUGCUGUGCCGUUGAGAUGAUGCACACCGGUGCCGCGCGCUACGAUUUGGAUCGCUUCGGUAUUAUCUUCAGGCCCAGCCCUAGGCAGUCCGACUGUAUGAUCGUUGCUGGCACUCUCACCAACAAGAUGGCCCCUGCUCUCCGCAAGGUCUAUGAUCAAAUGCCUGAACCCAGGUGGGUCGUCUCUAUGGGCAGCUGUGCAAAUGGUGGUGGAUACUAUCAUUACUCGUACUCUGUUGUUCGGGGUUGUGACAGGAUUGUCCCAGUUGACAUAUAUGUUCCUGGUUGUCCGCCCACGGCUGAGGCCCUGCUUUAUGGACUUCUCCAGCUGCAGAAGAAGAUCAACAGGCGCAAGGAUUUCCAUAUUUGGUGGACAAAAUGAGGGCAUUUCGCGUGUCCUCAAGCAGCUUUUGCUGCAUGCUUAUGGAACAAUAAGUCCAACUUUGGUUGCUUUUAUCUGGCUAAGUACCAUGUAGAGGGAGAGACUUAUUAAAACCUCUUUGUGAUUGGAGAUCACAAGAAGCCAUAUGCGGUGUGUUCUCUUUUGUGAAACGACUAUUUUGCACUUUGGUGCUCAGUAAGGAGCAGUCUCUGAUGUCUUCUUUUGAACUAUGCUUGCAUAAAACAUUGUAUUUUCCUGUAUUUUAUCCAACUUUCAGUAUCAGUCGGAGCUGAUUACGCUUUCUAUCUUGAAAUAAAAGUGCCCAAACAGGUGUGUAAUAUUUAGUUUAUUCAUUCAAAAUUAUGGUUUUUAUCUUUAAAUAAA